AAAUUAAAUAUUUUUUUAUCCAAAAGUUAUCUAUCUAAUCUAAUAUGCGGAACGUUUUGAUUACCGAUUGAACCACACAACAGGAAUGCAAGUCAAUUGCUGUGGCUGGUGCUGAGUAAUCCAUCGCCUGAAACCUAAUGGCUCCAAAGCCCAAUCCGAAGCCCAAAACGGCGUCGUCGCAGGCUCCUCCUCCUCCUCCUCCAAUCGAAGAUCUGUUCACAACGCUCAACAGGCACAUCCAAGCUUCCGCAUUCGACAAUGCCGUCAAACUCACAGAUCAGAUUCUCGCUAUUGCCCCUGAUGACGUGGACGCGCUCCGAUGCAAGGUCGUCGCGCUGAUCAAAGGCGACCGCGUCGAUGAUGCGCUCUCCGCCAUUCAAUCUUCUCGGAUUUCGUUCGAUGAUUCGCAUUUCUUUAAGGGAUACUGCUUAUACAGACAAAACAAGUUGAAUGAAGCUUUGGAGUCUUUGAAAAGACAAGAGAGAAAUGAUGAAACGAUGCUUCUGGAAUCUCAGAUAUUGUAUCGUCUCGGGAAAAUGGAUGCUUGCUUGGAUAUCUACCAGAAGCUCCAAAAAUCCAAGAUUGAUAGCUUGGAAAUAAAUUCUGUUGCUGCCCUAGUUAUGGGUGGCAGGUCAUCUGAAGUUCAAGGAGUGCUGGAUUCACUUCGGGUUAAAGCAACAAGCAGCUUUGAGUUGGCAUACAAUACUGCUUGUUCCUUAAUUGAAAGGAAGAAGUACACAGAUGCUGAACAGCUUUUGUUGUCAGGCCGAAGAAUUGGUCAAGAGAUCCUGAUGGAAGAUAACUUCCCCGACGAUGAAAUAGAAAUUGAGUUGUCCCCUAUAGCUGUACAAUUAGCUUAUGUCCAGCAGCUUCUUGGGCGUAAGCAAGAUGCUAUUGGAGCUUAUACCGACAUAAUUAAACGAGAUAUGGCUGAUGAAUCAUCAAUUGCGGUGGCAGUGAACAAUCUUGUUUCACUGAAGGGUCCGAAAGAUGUUUCUGAUAGCCUAAGGAAACUUGACCGACUAAAAGAUAAAGAAGCUCAAAGCUUUCGCCUUGCUCGUGGACUGGACUUGAAACUUUCAGCAAAAGAAAGGGAAGCAAUAUAUGCAAAUAGGGUCCUUUUACUUCUUCAUGCCAAUAAGAUUGACCAGGCUCGAGACCUUGUUUCUGGAUUGCCAGACAUGUUCCCAGAAAGUGUGAUACCAGCAUUGCUGCAAGCUGCCCUCUUGGUUAGAGAGAACAAAGCUGGAAGGGCUGAGGAAAUACUAGCACAGUUUGCCGGGAAGUUCCCGGAGAAGUCCAAGGUUCUUUACUUAGCCAGGGCUCAGGUGGCUGCUGCUGCUGGCCACCCCCAUAUUGCAGCUGAUUCUCUGGCUAAGAUAUCAGAUAUCCAACACAUGCCUGCUACUGUUGCCACCCUUGUGUCUUUAAAAGAGCGAGCUGGUGACAUUGAUGGUGCAGCUGCUGUGUUCGACUCUGCUACUAAAUGGUGGUCUAAUGCUAUGACUGAGGACAAUAAGCUUAAUAUUAUAAUGCAAGAGGCUGCCUCCUUCAAGCUCAGGCAUGGCAGGGAAGAGGAUGCUGCUCAACUCUAUGAGCAGCUCGUUAAAAGCCAGGGAAGCAUAGAAGCACUAGUUGGGCUAAUCACAACAGUUGCCCGCAUGGAUGUUGUAAAGGCAGAGCUUUAUGAAAAGCAACUGAAGACCUUACCUGGUUUAAAGGGAAUUGAUGUGGAGAACUUGGAGCGGACUUCUGGAGUGAAGCAAGUUGAGGGUCCUUCACAUGGUGGUGUCACUGAAACAUAUGAGGAAGGAAAGAAUAAAACAAAAGCUAAGAAAAAGAGAAAAAGAAAGCCAAGGUAUCCUAAAGGGUUUGACCCCGCAAAUCCAGGUCCUCCCCCAGAUCCAGAAAGGUGGCUUCCCAAGCGGGAGAGAUCAACUUAUAGGCCCAAGAGGAAGGACAAAAGAGCUGCUCAAGUAAGAGGGUCUCAGGGUGCUGUAGCCCGAGAAAAGCAUGAUACAGGUGCCUCGUCCAACAAUUCAAAUCCAAAAUCAAACCAGGGAACUGCUUCCAAAGGAGCCACGCAGAAUGCCGUUUCUGAGCAAACCAAGCCUUCAUCCAAAUCAAGAAAGAAGUCUAGAAAUUAAAUAUACAUGGUUUUUUUAUAAACUUUCUUUAUCUCUGACAAUUUGUUAAUGCUGCUUUCAAUGACUUAGCUGAGGGUCCAUACAUAGAUUAUGUGGGUUCAAUUUGAAAACCGUCAGUUUUGGUUGGAGAAAUGAGUACAUUUAUUAGAUGCUGCCAUCGAAAGAUUGUCGUGCGUAGUUUGUUUGAGAUUUUGGGGAUUCAUGGAAAUAUUACCUCUCUUUUUAGCUAAAUGCCUAUGAUCAUUUCCUCU